UCCACUGCAAGCACAACACAGGACGAACCCAGACAGUGGAGAGCUCAAGGAAGAUACCAUGGAGUGCGGCCGUAAGCAAUGGCAAGCGCAGCUGGCGGGGCUCGCGCUCGCGUUCCUCCUCUUUGCGCCUGCGUUGGUGCAGUGCGCGGGCGCCGAGGCCGACGGCGAGAAGGACGGGCUGGCGUCGCCGGGGAAGACUGUGCCGCCGGUUCCGCCUGGGUGGACCGGCGACUCGGGGUCCGCCCAGGGGUCCAACCCUGACGGUUCCACCUGGAAGUACGAGUGGGGAUGGUCUGCUGGGCCUGGUGGAAAGGGCUCCGGUUACGGUUACGGUGGCAGCGGUGAUGCAGGCGGCGGGGCCGGAGGUGGUGGCAGUGGGAGAGGCGGUGGCGGAGGAAGCGGAAGAACGUUUGGUCCACGCGAUCGGGGAUACGGAGGACAUCCCGGUGGCUAUGGUGGCAACGGUGCUGGUGGUUAUAAUGGGGAAGGCGCGUUUGGCGGCGAAGAUGGUGGCGCUGGCUGGAACAAGCGCGGUGGAUUCCGCGGUGGAGGGACGGAGAAGAAGCAGGACGGUGGCGGUAAAAACUGAAGCCGCCUGCGUCGUUAUUACACUCUUAAGCCAUGCAGAGAUGCGAUCAGUAUACGUCAUGGCAGAAAUCAUAAUGCUAAUAUAGCUAAAGCAGUCUAUAUAUCUAUAGACGAUGGUGUACUUGUACGGUUGUAUGGUGUACUUGUACGGUUGAACCCUAUGAAUGGUGUAUAUGAUUGUUGCAUGUUCUCUCA